UGCGAACGACCAGAUAUAUAUACGUGUGUCUGCCUGCAGCCAUGGCAGCAUUGAAAUGUUUGAUUGUAACGAUGCUAUUUAUAUCUACUAAUGGCCUGGCUAUUGAGAAAGCCCCCAUCGUACCGGUAGUCUAUGGCAACACUGCCCACAUUGAUGGUAUUCACCCUGUAUUGGGAGGACGCCUGCCUAAUCCAGAUCACUACGAUCCUCAUCCGCAGUACAGUUAUGUGUACGGGGUGCAAGACGCUGUGACCGGUGACGUGAAGCAGCAGCACGAACAGCGCGACGGUGACGUCGUUCGUGGUGGAUACUCGUUCAUCGAAUCUGACGGCUCGCGACGUAUCGUCGAUUACGUAGCCGAUCCCGUCACUGGAUUCAACGCUGUUGUGCGCAAGGAGCCCGGAGCGGCUCCGCCCACUGGUCCUGUUGGACCUGCUGGACCACCAGCCAAAGCACCCCUUAUACACGCACAUAAUGCUUUUGCUCCUGUCCUUCCUCUGGCUGCCGCACACCAUGGUGCAGUAAAUUCUUUUGUCUCAUACAAUCGACCAUUGAACGUUGGGCGUGUUGUCAACUAUCAUCAUGCUGCUUAUGACAAUCUUCUGCCAUACUACGAUGUGCCUGCACCCGUAGUGGCUCCUAUCAGACAUCUUCCCAUCGCUCGCAGCGGCUACGCUCUUGCACCCAAUGCACCUUUCGGAUACGCUUAUUAACAUUAAAAGUCAAUCGAAAAAUUGGUCAUUGAUGCGACUAACACUAUUAGCUGAGAGUUAUUGUAAGUAUUGGAUUUUUAUUGGUAUUUAUGAAAAAUGAGUGAAAUAAAUUUUUAUAGAUUGUUAAAAAGUUUUCUUUUCGAGAGAAAUAUCAAAAUAACAAAUAAUCUCUUUCUCAAAACCAAAAAAAGAAUCGACAUAGAUUAAUCGAUUGUAUUGGCUACAAUUCAAGGAAAAAUGCUUGAUGCAUUAUUUAACUGGCAUAAAUUAAAUUAUCUUAGAAGUAUUACAUUGCAAAUGAAAAAAGGAAAUCGUGCGUUGUUCUUAUUAGAGCAAAGUCGUAACUGGUAUUCAAAUUAUUUUUAUAGCUCUGGGCUCUAAGAAUAUUCAUGAUUUAAUAUUUACAACAAUAUUAUUUACAUUAUAUGAUACAUG